AUGGAAUCUACUUCUGUCCUGAUAAUUGGCGCCGGACCUACUGGUCUUAUGCUUGCCCUUGAGCUCGCUCGACUUCAGGUACCCUUUCGUCUUCUUGAGGCUCAGUCGCUUUCAAAACCAAAUUUCCAGUCUCGCGCACUUAAUCUUCACCCACGUACACUUGAACUACUUGCACGCCAUGAUAUUUCUCAAGACCUCAUAAAUGCCGGCUCAAAAGUGUGCAAUGUGCGUCUUUUUGCAGGUCGAAACUUGUGCACAGAGAUCGGAUUUCCAGGCCGACUGAUGAACGAUACAGCCUUUCCAAACGCCAUUAUUUCGAAUCAAUCGCUGGUUGAGAAGAUAUUGUUGAAAAAACUGGAAGAAUAUGGCGGUAAGAUUGAACUGGGGUCAAAGUUAGAACGUGUUGAGAUGAAAAAAUUCGAGCAAGGUGUAACGGCCUGGGUCAGACAUCUUUCAAGUGAUGAAGAUCAAACUAAGUGCCAAGAUGGGAUAGAAGAAGUUGUACAGUCUCGUUAUAUUGUUGGUUGUGACGGCGCACACAGCCUUGUGCGAAAUCUUGCUGGUAUUGAAUUUACUGGGAAUUCUCAUCCGCAAGAGUUUAUCCUCGCUGAUGCUUAUGUGGAUUGGGAGCACAAAAGGUGCCCUCAUCUUUUCAUGGACUAUGGUUUCACGGCAUUCUUUCCACUAAAUGACGAUAAUAAGUACCGAAUCUUCUGUCAGCGCACUAAAUCUCUAAGCAAUACUACGUCUCUAAAUGUAACGCUAGAUGAUUUUGGUCCUGAGAUUGCAGCCCUCGUUCCCGGUUACACACGAAUACAUUCUCCCUCCUGGAUCUCAGAAUUCCACCUACACAGCCGCAUUGCUAACACCUAUCGUGUUCAGAGCAUUUUCCUCGCGGGUGAUGCCGCUCACAUACACACGCCAGUUGGAGGCCAAGGAAUGAACCUCGGGAUGCAAGAUUCCGUUAAUUUAGCUUGGAAACUCGCGCGCGUACUGCACCGUACUGCCCCAGCCUCUAUUCUCGACUCCUACGAUGCUGAACGUCGUCCCGUAGCUAGCGCUAUCAUUCGCGGCACGGAUCGUGUGUUUUCAGUAUUUUCUACGACAAAUCCAUUGAAAGUAUGGCUACGAAAUUUCUUAUUUCGGUGGAUAUUGCCCUGGCUUUGUAUUUACAAUGGUCUCGAUAAGAACAUGCGAAAUAUGUCACAGCUUGAUAUCCGCUACAGCAAGAGUCCUGCUGUUGGUACGGCGACAAAGUGGAAAGGAGUACUCAGAGGUGGAGAUCGUGCACCAGAAGGAUGGAUUAAAAAUUGCCAAGGGCAAACAGUGACAUUGCAAAAACUGUGGAGAGCUCCAGUCGACCACCUUGUAUUAUUUUGUAGCUCUAUUAAUCCGCAAAUAGCCGAUGAUAUAGAGAAGGACUUUAGAGAAUGGGCUAGUCCAAAUACUAACGUGUUGAAAAUAUAUUAUUCCAGCCUGACCGACAAGGUUUCACGCGACGAUUAUAUCGAUCCUGAUGGUAAAGCUCAUUCCCUGUACCAGUUUUCUGAGCCAGGAUACGUUCUUGUAAGACCAGACGGCCAUAUUUCAUAUAUAGGAGCUUUGACUUCAUUAGGUGAGCUAAGGAUCUGGAUGCAAAAGCAAGCCAAUAGUUAA